CAGAUUCAUUGAUUUUUGAUUUUUCCCAGAGAGAACCUAAGUUUCUUGUUGUUAGUAUUCUUAAUUUGUCUGUGAACUGGAGAGAGAUGAUUAUUUUGGUUGCUUAGUAAUCAACCACUAAGGGGAAGCUGAGAUAUAUAAGUAGUUGUUUUUGUGGAUUGAUUGCUAAUUAGAUCGUUUAGGGUUUCGUUUUGGUGUAUUACUCUUUUGUUUGUUGUGCAAUAAUCUGAUGGGUGGAUACCAAAUUGUAUCAGAGUUUUGUAUGAAGAGAUAAGAAGCUCUGCGUUGUUGAAGUUUUUUUUUUUUAUGGAACUUCCUGUUUCCUCUCCAAAGCAAAGUUUGAAGAUUUUUUAGAUUGGAACUCUAAAAUUUUCAGUUUGAUGUUUAGGUAGCAAAGCCCAGUUAUGAACUCGUUGCAGUAGAAACUGUAGCUGUAAACAGGAACUGAAUCAUUAGUGGAGCAUUGGAUUUUUUUGGGGUUUCUUGUGUUGGUUUUGUGAAAAUGUUGGAUUCUAAGCUGAGAUUCAUCCUUCAAAGAUGUGUAGUCUUUGGACAGGCGAAACAAGUCCAUGGACAGUUAGUUGUGAACCGCUUUAACCAUCUUGAAUCCGUUUUGGUCCACCAGACUCUUCUUUUAACUAAAGAGUUCUCUAGAAAUGUUGUGAACUAUGUCCGGAGAAUCCUCAAGGGGGUUAAUGGUCUUGAUUCUUUCUCUUGGGGGUGUCUUGUUCGGUUCUUGAGCCAGCAUAGGAAGUUCGAAGAAACGGUUGGCGUGUACAUCGAAAUGCAUAGCUCUGGAGUUCCUCCUAGUUCACAUGCUAUAACCUCAGUGUUGAGAGCUUGUGGUAAGAUAGAGAACAUGAUUGAUGGUGGUAACUCGAUUCAUGCUCAGGUGCUUAAAAGUGGAUUUUGUGGGUGUGUUUAUGUUCAGACGGGUCUGGUGGGUUUGUAUUCAAGGCUUGGUUAUAUUGAAAUGGCGCAGAAGGCGUUUAAUGAUAUUGCUGAGAAGAACACGGUUUCGUGGAACUCGCUUUUACACGGGUAUCUGGAAAGUGGGAAUCUUGAUGAAGCUCGCAGAGUAUUUGAUGAGCUUCCAGAGAAAGAUGUUGUGUCAUGGAAUCUGAUUAUCUCGAGCUAUGCGAAAAAAGGUGACAUGGGAAAUGCAGUGUCUUUGUUUCUGGUUAUGCCUUUGAAAAGCCCAGCUUCGUGGAAUAUUUUGAUUGGCGGGUAUGUGAACUGCAGGGAAAUGAAACUAGCAAGAACCUACUUUGAUACAAUGCCCCAGAAGAAUAGUGUUUCUUGGACUACAAUGAUUUCAGGGUACACAAAAUCGGGUGAUGUUCAGUCUGCUGAGGAGCUCUUUAAACAGAUGUCUAAGAAAGACAAACUCGUCUAUGAUGCCAUGAUAACUUGUUAUGCUCAAAACGGUAAGCCAAAGGAUGCUCUGAAGCUAUUCUCUCAGAUGCUUGAAAGUAAUUCAGAUGUUCAGCCGGAUGAGAUCACACUCUCAAGUGUUGUAGCAGCUAAUUCACAGUUGGGUGAUACCAGUUUUGGUACAUGGGUUGAGUCAUAUAUAACCGAACAUGGAAUCAAGAUUGAUGAUCUCUUACGCACCUCUCUUAUCGAUCUUUACAUGAAAGGCGGCGACUUUGCCAAGGCAUUCAAAUUGUUCAACGAUCUAUACAAAAAGGACACAGUUUCUUACUCAGCUAUGAUCAUGGGCUGCGGGAGAAACGGCAUGGCCACAGAAGCUAACCAUUUAUUUAUAGAGAUGAUAAAAAAGAAGAUCCCUCCAAAUCUAGUAACAUUCACAGGACUAUUAUCAGCGUAUAGCCAUUCAGGUCUUGUUCAAGAAGGCUACAAAUGCUUCAAAUCCAUGAAAGACUACAACCUGGAACCUUCAGUUGAUCAUUAUGGGAUAAUGGUGGAUAUGUUGGGACGAGCUGGGAGGCUAGAGGAGGCAUAUGAGCUGAUCAAGAGUAUGCCGAUGCAGCCAAAUGCUGGUGUUUGGGGAGCGUUGCUUUUAGCUAGUGGUUUACACAACAAUGUUGAGUUUGGGGAGAUUGCGUGCAGCCACUGUGUUGAACUUGAGACUGAUCCUAAUGGUUAUCUUUCACAUCUUGCUAAUAUAUAUACGUCUGUUGGUAGAUGGGAUGAUGCAAAGAAUGUAAGAGACGCUAUGGGAGAGAAGAAACUGUUUAAGACACUUGCGUGUAGCUGGAUUGAGAGUUCAGUUUAGGAUCAUCCAUCAUCAUCAGUGCAAAAGAAACAGUCCGUUAAAUUGGGUAAACCAGAAUGUGCAGCUGGUUAAGAGAUUUGAGGAACAUGCUUCAAUUUCUACAUCCAAAAGAGGAAUCAAAUCUAAAGUCGGAAACAAUCCUAACUUACUGACCAGCAUAACGCGUAAACCUUGACCACCUGACGUCUAGUCCUGAUUUGGAAGACGAAAUACAGAGGAUCGACGAGUUCUUUGAGGAAGAAAUCACGUAUAAGUGAUUAAGUUGUGAAUCAGAAGGUAAAGACUGUGUCCAUGUACUGACCAAAGCCACACUAAAUAUAUUUGUCUGACUUCAUUAUCA